CUUCACACCUGAAACAACGUAAAAGUACUAAGCUGCGUUAAGCGAGUACGAAAAUAUAAUUUAUUUAUUAAAAGUUAGUGACUAUAUAAACUAAAUAUAAUGGCCGAACACACAUGGGUUUCCACAAACAUUUACAGUGAUUUGCCACCUUUCGCCAUACAUGCCGGCCACGAUUCGGACGGUGAUCCGAUCUAUGUUGGACGCGCCUAUCACAAUGGCGACAUAUUACCUGCCAAAAUCGUGCCCAACAAACAUCAAGCGUACGUCGCGUGGGGCGGCGAAGAGAUCAACAAGCAAGACAUUGAAGUACUGACUGGUCAUCAUUACUGCUGGGUCCCUUCAGGUGGUGGUAAUGUGCCACCACAUGCAUUGCGCGUCGGUCAGACCGGCGAUGGCGAACCUCUUUACAUUGGUCGUGGCCAUUGGCAAGGCAGUCUGACACCCGGCAAAGUGCACCCAUCCCAUGGUUGUCUCUACAUUCCGUAUGGCGGUUGCGAACAGAAGCUCGAUAGCUACGAAGUGCUUGUACAACCUGAAACAUGGGUGAACUCGUCUGGCAACAACAUUGUACCUGGCACCGUACACGCCGGUCAUGAUGCUGAUGGUGAUGAUAUGUACGUGGGGCGCGCCUACCAUGAGGGUGAUCUAUUGCCGGCAAAAGUUGUUCCAAACAAGGGUUGCGCAUACGUUGCGUAUGGUGGUCGUGAGAUUGUAAAGCAUGACUUUGAGUUGUUAGCCGGUUACGGCUAUGGUUGGGUACCCGAUGCAAACGGUUCGGUACCUCCAGGCGCUGUUAUUUGUGGACGUACCAGCGACGGCGAACCAUUGUACAUUGGCCGCGCGCACUAUUGCGGCAGUUUGACACCCGGCAAGAUUCAUCCAUCGCAUGGCCGCUUAUACAUUCCGUUUGGUGGUCAGGAAGUAACUCUCACAAGCUAUGAGGUGUUGGUGCGUGCUUAAGGAGUUUCUGGCUUAUAGCAAUAAAUAUAUGACUUUAUGCAACUCAAAAGCUAACAACCAACGUACAUGAGUUGCACACAUUCAAUUAUAAACAUGUAUACAUAUGUACAUAAUCGUAUGUUCUUUAGAUACUGAUUUUUUAAAUACAUAAUUUUUUGAAAUGAACAAA